AUGGUUCACAUAAAGAGAGGCGAGCUGACCCCGGAGGAGAAGGCGCUGCUGGAAGUCAUCGGGAAAGGUACUGUUCAAGAAGCUGGGACAUUAUUAGCCAGUAAGAAUGUUCGUGUCAACUGUUUGGAUGAGAAUGGAAUGACUCCUUUAAUGCAUGCUGCAUAUAAAGGAAAACUUGACAUGUGCAAAUUACUUUUGCGACAUGGAGCUGAUGUAAAUUGUCAUCAACAUGAACACGGAUACACAGCCCUCAUGUUUGCUGCACUUUCUGGUAAUAAAGACAUCACAUGGGCAAUCUUGGAAGCUGGUGCCGAGACAGAUGUUGUCAACUCGGUAGGAAGGACAGCAGCUCAGAUGGCAGCCUUUGUGGGUCAACAUGAUUGUGUAACUGUAAUCAACAAUUUCUUUCCUCGAGAGAGACUGGAUUAUUACACUAAACCCCAGGGACUGGAUAAAGAGCCGAAGCUGCCCCCAAAGUUGGCAGGCCCACUUCACAAAGUUAUCACUACAACAAAUCUUCAUCCUGUCAAGAUCGUGAUGCUUAUAAAUGAGAAUCCUCUGCUGGCAGAAGAAGCAGCCCUGAACAAGUGCUACAAGGUGAUGGAUUUGAUUUGUGAGAAAUGUAUGAAGCAAAGUGACAUGAACGAAGUAUUGGCUAUGAAAAUGCAUUACAUCAGCUGCAUCUUUCAGAAAUGUAUUAACUUCUUAAAAGAUGGAGAGAAUAAAUUGGAUACUCUGAUCAAAAGCUUAUUAAAAGGCCGACCUUCGGAUGGCUUUCCGAUAUAUCAAGAAAAGAUCAUUAGAGAAAGUAUCAGAAAAUUUCCUUACUGUGAAGCCACACUCCUCCAGCAGCUGGUGCGAAGCAUCGCUCCCGUUGAAAUUGGUUCUGAUCCCACUGCAUUCUCUGUACUUACGCAAGCCAUCACCGGUCAGGUGGGUUUUGUGGAUGUUGAAUUUUGUACCACCUGUGGAGAAAAGGGAGCGAGUAAAAGAUGCUCAGUUUGCAAAAUGGUAAUAUACUGUGACCAAAACUGCCAGAAAACACACUGGUUUGCACAUAAGAAAAUCUGUAAGGAUCUCAAGGACAUUUAUGAGAAACAGCAAUUGGAGGCUGCCAAAGAAAAGAAUGACGAGGAGAACACAGAUGGCAAACUCGAUGUCGAUUCGAAUGGUGUUAAUGAUGAGCAGCCAGAGGCGGCGGGACCAGCGGUGCCCCAGGAGGACAGUGAUGAUGCUAAGGGCUCUGAGGAAGGAGAGAAGGCCUCUCUGCAGUGUGACGCCGGCCUGGAGUGCUCUCAGGAGGCCACUGCGGGUCCGCUGGCAUCGGAGGAGUAG